AUGUGGUAUCAGAGCGCAUGGUUAGAAAACGAAGAAUUAGGAUCAAAAUUACAUGAUCCUGGGAAGAUACAGAUGAAGAAGAUGGAAAACAAACACGGAAAGAGGCGAGAAACAAAUAGCGAUUCCGAUUAUAUGAGUCCCCGAUUACGCGCGAUUGCAAUCUUGAAACAAGAGAUUGCAAUAAUGGAAUUGCAAUACGAAAUUGCAUUAAUGGAAUACGAAUCGGGACGUCACGAAGAUAAUGGAGAUGUAGGCGAAGUAAUGACAUGGAGAGAAGAAGACGAUUCCAAAAGAGAUGUUUUGGCCUGUAAAGAUGUUCAAAAACUGAACGGUAAGAUGCAGGAAGACAGGGACGGUUAUUACAAUAGAGAAGACGACAAGGAUACGGAAUCAAGAGAGAAAUCGGAAAUUAACCGAAAGCAUCAUAAGAGAAAACACAAGGGUGAUAAAGAUGAAAGAAGCAGGGACCGGAAAUGCAGGCAAGAUGAUGAUAGAGACUAUCACGAAGAAGAAGAAGAGAGUGAAGGAUUCAACCGGAACCGAUCACCGGAAACGGUAUCAUCGGAUGUUAAUAUGAAGAAAAGAAUGAUGCAGAAACGGCCGGAACAAAAAAAGAAGAAAGGAUGUCCAGAUUAG